ACCAUGAUCCUAUGACAGCUUCUACCCCAAUAUGUGUUGAGGCUUUACAUUCCAAACUUCAAGGACACCCUGAUCAGCAAUUUGUUAAUAAGUUAAUUCAUGGUCUAACUCACGGCUUUGACACUGGUCUACAACACCUUCCUAUUAACUCCAUAGUGUGUAAAAACUUGAGGUCAGCUAUCAGUGACCCAGGAAGUGUUUCAGAGUUGUUGGAGAAAGAACUAAAUAAAGGAUACUUAAUAGGUCCUUUUGACAAUAUUCCCUAUUCCAGGUACCGCAUCAACCCGUUAGGCUUAGCUGAACAUAAAUAUUCGAAGAAAAAGCGUUUAAUUGUUGAUUUAUCCGCUCCACAUCAAGACACAAACAAUCCUAGCCUAAAUAGUCUAAUUGAUAAAUUAACUUGCUCGCUGAAGUAUGUUACAGUAGAUGAUGCUAUACAUCUUAUUAAGCGCUGUGGCCUCGAUGCAUGGCUAAUGAAGACCGAUAUCACUGAUGCCUUCAAGCUGAUACCAAUUGAUCCCGUUUUGUGGCCUUACCACGGCGUCAAGUGGAACAACAAAUAUUAUUUCUUUACGCGCCUCGUAUUUGGAUGUCGUUCAAGCCCAAAAAUUUUCGAUAGCCUUUCUCGGGCAGUUUGUUGGAUAGCUAAGAACAAGUACAAUAUUCGUAACAUUCUUCACUUGCUAGAUGAUUUCAUAGUUAUUGAACCAGCUUAUGUCAAUGCAUCUCUUACUAUGGAACGUUUUAUGUCUAUGUUCAAGGAAUUAGGCAUCCCUGUAGGUGCGCAUAAAACUGUAGGCCCUUGUACAUCACUCGAAUACCUUGGUGUGUCCCUAGACUCUCAUCUGAGGGAAUGUCGUCUUCCACGUGAAAAAGUGGAAAGAAUUAUUGAGUUUUUGGAUUCUUUCAAGAGAAAAAAGUCUUGUACCAAACGCGAGUUGCUCAGCUUGCUAGGUCACAUGAACUUUGCCGGUCGGUGUAUUAGACCGGGGCGUUCUUUUGUCUCUCAUCUCAUAUCGCUUUCUACUACAGUGCGCGAGCUACAUCAUCAUGUGAAAAUCAGCAAUGAGUGUCGAUCAGACCUUUACAUGUGGUCGUUCUUUUUGAAGAAUUGGAAUGGCAAAUCCUUUUUUCUGGAUGAUCAUAUCACAUCAGCAGCUGACCUCCAUCUUUUUACCGAUGCUACAUCUGAAUCUUUCGGGGGAAUCUACCUUAACCAGUGGUUUCAAGGUUUUUUUCCUAGUGAACUUAAAGCCAUGGACACAUCUAUGGCCCUCUUUGAGCUAUACCCUAUUGUUAUGGCUUGUGUGUUGUGGGGUCACCAGUGGCAUAAAAAACGUAUUCUUUUUCAUUGUGAUAAUUUAGCUACGGUAGACAUAAUCUGCAAAGGGAGAUCCAAAGUGUCCAGCAUUAUGUGUCUUAUGCGAAAACUUACAUACUAUUCUGCCGUGCAUAACUUUGUGAUUCAUGCAGUCCAUAUACCUGGUAAGCAAAACAACAUUGCAGACGCCAUCUCUCGUUUUCAGAUGUGCAAAUUCAGACAGCUGGCACCUCAAGCAGAUGUACUACCAAUUCCAUGUCUGCCUAUGGCCUCAUUGAUGAUGAGCUGAAUACAGCGGUUGAUAGUUUAUGGAACCAUGCCCUUAGUGAGAAGACUCUGGCUACUUACAAGUCCGGUUUGAACUGUUUUGUGACAUUUCUGGUUAUGAGGGGAAUUGCAUGUGCUGCUAAUUCCCUUCCCAUUGUUGAUGAAGAUUUACUUAUAUUUUUUGUGACAUACUGCCAGGAAGCUUUAUGCUUGAAGUUCGACACUAUUAAACUCUAUUUAGCUGGCAUAAGGUUUCAUUACAUCAAGUUAAACUUGGGGGACCCUCUCGCAAACACCAUGCGGUUAAAUUACAUCUUGCGGGGCAUUAAAAGAACUCAGGUUAAUUUUUCCAAUAAGCGAUUGCCUAUAACCUUUAAGUUGCUUAAUCAUAUGUGUAUAACUAUUUCUAGUAGUCAAGGAUUGUUUGAACCAUUUGUCAAAAAAAUGCUAUGCUGUAUUUUUCAAACAGCUUUUUAUGGUUUUUUGAGAUGUGGAGAAUUUACCUGUAGGAAACUCGGUGACCAAUCAUACCUUCGUCUUAGUGAUGUCCAUGUUCUACCAGAUAAGUCCAGUUUCAUUUUGUAUUUACGUUCUUCAAAAAUGGAUCCUUUUGGUAAAGGCGUUCACAUAAGAAUUUUUGAUAAUGAGGUUUUACAUCCUGUGUUGACUAUGGUAAAUUAUUUAAAGGUCAGACAUUCUCUCGGGGCAACUCCUACUUGCCCUUUGUUCAUCGAGGACUUAUUUAAGUCCAAGCCUUUAAUGCGUCAUACCUUUAUUUCUUACCUUAAAGCCUGCCUGUCCCUCAUAGGUGUGAAUAGUAAAGAUUUCAACGGUCAUUCUUUCAGAAUUGGUGCCGCCACUUCUGCAGCAGCGGCCGGAGUCCAAGACCAUGUUAUUAAAGUCUUGGGACGAUGGUCAUCAGAUUGUUUUAUUCGGUACAUUCAUACUAAUCCAGCCACUUUACAGUCGGCUCAACUCAAUAUGACUGUUUCUUAACCUUUAUCCCUUAUCAAUUGGGGGCUCUCGCUCGUAAGCUCAUUUACUCGCUCAUUUUUGGCUUUUAAAUUCCGGAGGAAUUUCAUCCCCCAAUUUUAAAAUCUCCUUUUAUUUUUAGCUUGUUUCAUACAUGUCAUUCAAAAAAUUUUAAUAUAUUAGAUGUGUGUAAAUUGGGGUCAAACUUCUUAACAGGGUCCUUUCAUGAGUCAAGUCACUGCUCUGUAACGGUUCAGAGUCCAGAGUCUUCUCAUUGGUUACCUUGGAGUCAAGUUUGUCCUAGUAUUAUACUAGCUGCUCUGUGAGUCAGUGUCAGAGUCAAGUCACUUCUCUAGAACCGUCAGAGUCUCUUAGAGUCAAGUACUUCUCUAUACUCUUACAGAGUCUAGUCCUAUCAUUCCUGGCUUCUCUGGCAUCAGCGAGUCAAGUUGCUUCUCUGUUCAUCAGAGUCAAGUGAUUUCUCCUGUUCCGGAGUCAAGCACAGUUCACUUUACUUCGCUUCUCUGAUUCACAGAGUCAAGCUUGUCGCAAGUAAGUUUUCAAUAGUUUGCUUAUGAGUGAGUAGCCCCCGUUACGCCAAAGAGAUAGUUACGCCCAAGAAAUUGUUUUGGCUACAGAAGACUUCUCAACAUUAUUAAUAAACAGCUUUAUUAGUA